AUGUCAUCUCCAUGGGAUUUCACAGUGCCUAAUGUUCCAACCCAUUCCAAUCUUCAAUGCUUUCUUCAAUGCAUCACACCCAUUGUUAAGAAAUGUAAUAAAAGUAGCAAAGAGGAAGCUGAGAAGGAAGGGUUCAAAUUGAGUGAGGUUUGGGAGUCAUAUAGUGAGUGGAGUGCGUACGGCGUUGCUGUUCCCAUCCUGCUCAACAAUGGUGAUCGUGUCGUUCAAUACUAUUCGCCGACCUUAUCUGCUUUGCAGCUAUACACCUCCACCCUAAUCGACGAUAAAUUGUGGGGAAAAGACAAGAAUGACAAGACAUCAAGCAAUGACAAUAGGUCAUGUUUGGGUUCCAAUGUGGCUAAGAAUGAUGAUAAUUCAUGUAAUAUUCAAACAACAGCAGAUCGAUGUGGCUAUUUGUACUGUCAAUAUGACGAGACUACAACCCCUUAUGAUCGAGUUCCAUUCACGGAAAAGGUAUCAGAGCUGUAUCCAGUAUAUCAAAUUCCAACAGCAAUAAAUGUGAAAGAACUGUCAGCUUGUUUCGUUACAUACCAUCCUUUAUUUUCUUUGCCUCAAGCUUCAGAAAAUAUGAAGUUAGAGGUGGAGAAAGUUGAAGGCAAAAAAUCUAAGGAAGAAGAAAUGUGUCUCCCUCCCUUUGCAAUGGUUUCUUACAAGAUGUUCGGAACACUGUGGACAAAUCCGAAAACAACCGAUUCCGACAUCGCUCUCCGCCAUCGAACUGCCGCAUGUUGCUGGUUGAAACAACUUAACUUCCACCACCAUGACUUCAACUUCUUCAUGUCUCGUCAGUACCAAAACUAA